CCCGCCCACCUAGAGGAAAGGCCUCGCUGUAGUGAGCGAACCCCUGAGGGCUUGUCUUGCGCAUGCGCGCAUCACCAGAUCCGGGUAUUUGGCAGGAUGAGAGCUGCUUUCCAAGAUGGCGGCGGAGGGAGGAGGGAAGGAAAUGAACGAAAUUAAGACCCAGUUCACCACCCGGGAAGGCCUCUACAAGCUCCUCUCUCACUCCGAGUACAGCCGCCCCAACCGGGUGCCCUUUAAUUCGCAGGGCUCCAACCCUGUCAAGGUUUCGUUCGUCAACGUCAACGACCAGUCCGGUAACGGGGACAGGAUCUGCUUCAAUGUGGGCCGAGAGCUCUACUUCUACAUCUAUAAGGGCGUCAGGAAGGCUGCUGACCUCAGCAAACCAAUAGACAAGCGGAUCUACAAAGGGACGCAGCCCACGUGUCAUGACUUCAAUCAUCUCACCGCCACGGCAGAGAGCGUCUCUCUACUUGUCGGCUUCUCUGCAGGCCAGGUCCAGCUCAUAGACCCCAUAAAGAAGGAGACCAGCAAGCUGUUCAAUGAGGAGAGGCUAAUAGACAAAUCAAGAGUAACUUGUGUAAAAUGGGUCCCGGGCUCAGAAAGCCUCUUUCUCGUAGCUCAUUCCAGUGGGAACAUGUACUUGUAUAAUGUGGAGCACACGUGCGGCACCACAGCGCCCCAUUACCAGCUACUCAAGCAAGGAGAAAGCUUUGCCGUUCAUACAUGCAAGAGCAAGUCCACCCGAAACCCUCUGCUGAAAUGGACUGUCGGAGAGGGAGCCCUUAAUGAAUUUGCUUUUUCCCCAGAUGGGAAAUUCUUAGCCUGUGUGAGCCAAGAUGGCUUCCUUCGCGUGUUUAACUUCGAUUCUGUGGAGUUGCAUGGUACUAUGAAAAGCUACUUCGGAGGACUCCUGUGCGUGUGCUGGAGUCCAGACGGGAAGUAUAUAGUAACCGGCGGAGAGGACGAUUUGGUGACUGUUUGGUCGUUUGUCGAUUGCCGUGUAAUAGCCAGAGGUCAGGGACACAAAUCUUGGGUCAGUGUGGUGGCGUUUGACCCUAAUACCACUAGCGUGGAAGAGACUGACCCUGUAGAGUUCAGCGGGAGCGAUGAAGACUUUCAAGAACUGAUCAGCUUUGGUAGAGACAGGGCGAACAGUACGCAGUCCAGACUUUCCAAAAGGAACUCUACCGACAGUCGCCCGGUUAGCGUGACUUAUAGAUUUGGCUCCGUAGGCCAAGAUACACAGCUGUGUUUAUGGGACCUUACGGAAGACAUCCUUUUCCCUCACCAACCGCUGUCGAGAACAAGGACACAUACCAACGUCAUGAACGCCACGAGCCCACCCGCAGGAAGCGGUUCUGCGAACCCAGGAAGCAACGGCAACAGUAUCGCCACGCCAGGCAAUGCCAUACCUCCCCCUCUUCCAAGGUCCAACAGCCUUCCCCACUCUGCCGUGUCCAACACCGGCAGCAAAAGCAGCGUGGACAGCGCCAUCGCCUCUGGCGUAAGCAAGUUCGCCACCCUGUCCAUUCAUGAUCGCAAGGAGAGGCACCACGACAAAGACCACAAGAGGAACCACAGUAUGGGACAUAUAUCUAGCAAGAGUAGCGACAAACUGAACCUAGUUACGAAAAACAAAACGGACCCUGCUAAAACGUUGGGGACCGCGCUCUGUCCCAGGAUGGAAGACGUCCCUUUGUUAGAGCCUCUUAUCUGUAAAAAGAUAGCACACGAAAGACUAACUGUGCUUAUUUUUCUUGAAGACUGUAUAGUCACUGCUUGUCAGGAAGGAUUUAUUUGCACAUGGGCAAGGCCUGGUAAAGUGGGUUUAUUAUCAUCCCAAAACCAAGCGAAUUCUCCAAGUGGAACAGUAGUAUAGCCAUGACACUACCGCUAGCGAGAGACACACACUACAGGAGCAGACGUAAGGACAGAGGAACCAGGAGCUGCUCUUCAGCCAGAGCUUCAGGGUAGAAACGUGGGCAGAGCGUCUAUAUACGGAUUUCUACUUAAUAAGAAAUACAGGAAAAUAAAAUAUAUAUAUAUAUAUAUAUAUACACAAAAUGACAGGAUUUAUUUGGCAAAGAAAUUCUUUAAGCUUGGUCUUUAGUCUUCACGACUACUCAC